AACGCAAUUGUUUAUUUAUUUUCAUUCCUGUUUAUUUAACUUUUCAAUGUCUAAAACCACAAGUCACCAGCAUCCAAUAAAUCAGUUAGAAUUUAUGUGUAUAGAAGUCGUGAAGUAAAUACCUCACCUGCUCCUUCUUGAUGUUUGUGAAGUGCUGUUGGGUUAAGUUCAGUUUGCUUCGUCCUUUGCUCUUUGUAUGGUUUCACUAAGUAUAGAGUAAUACAGGAGGAUUAAAGAAAAAAUAGAUAGUGUAAAGAAAACACCAGAUCUGCUAGACUCGUUCAUGUUUGUGGUGUACAUCCUUAGUUUUUGCGGUUUUAUCGGAGAAAGAGUAAAUUGGGGGGGGGAAAAAUGUAUGCUGAAAAGAAAGAGUACAUAACAUAAAUACUUCAAUUCCUUAACUGAAGAAGUGGAUGAUGGGUGGAGGAUGAAGAGUAUAGGAGGAGGAGGUGGAGGUGGAAUCAUGACGACAGUUGUGAGUCGUGUACUGCUCAUUUUAGGAUUAACACCAUUAGCAAAUAUCAUUUACAAGGAGAGAAGCGAUGCUUUCAAACCAGUCGUGACAUUUGUGUGUCCGUGUGCCUCGUGCUGCGCGCCGCCUGCGUGAGGUGAGGUGGCGUGUAGUGAGUGACGAGUGGCAUGCUGACGUGAAGGUCCAAGCGAGCCCUCUCCUCUUCUCUCCUCUCCUCUCCGGGCCGUGAGCCAUACUGCCUGCCCUUGCCCCUGCAGCCCCUUGCCGAGUGAUGCCCAUCGGCGCCACGGUUGCCAGGUACGUGGAUCCAGCAGGAGUUACAAGCCUACUCAUAGCAAGUUUUUGGGCACGAUAUGAUUAACUUCUCCCUUAACUGUUCUCAACACCUCAUUGCAGACGAGAGGACCAACUGGCGGUGUUGGAGUCACUAUAGGAUGCAUUUAUUGAUUAAGUUAUUCCUGCGUUGAGUGACGAGAGGCGUGAAAGUCUUGGCGUGCCAGCUGUGACGUCACAGGUCUUAGGGGCACCGGAGGAGGAGCGUUGUGGGCAGCAGGUGAAGUGGAUGUCAGUAAUCGUGGUGAGGGCGCGGAGGCUGGACGUGUCGCACCGCUGGCUUACAUACUUGACUGGCUCGAGCCUCGCUCGCCGGCCCACCUCAACUAACCUCCCAUCUCGUUGCUGGAUCUUUGACAAUUGCAACUCGUGAUUAUUUAGCCAAAUCUUGGACGCAAAUACUUCCCCCCGACCAGGACUUGAAAGACAGGAUUUUCUUGGCAGGGAAGCUCAGGGCAGUUGCCUGCAGGGUCACCAGUGGGUUGACUUGAGGCAAACGUAACGAGUCGCAGACCAUCACUGCUUGUGUUACGUCUUGGUCAUGAGGGAAGGACUCAGGCAGGUUGUGUGACAUCCGUGCAUAUAGGCUGUGUCUUGCGUUAUUGUCAGGACGCCAGGCUCACGUCCACACUGACGAACACUGUUACAUCUUUGUUGGUCACUUCAACGAUAUUGAAUAAUUGCUAAUAGAACAGAAUUUUAAAUGCUGGACACGAAAUAGAAUUAGAGAGAGAGAGAGAGACUUUAACACUGCUAAGAAAGUCAUCCAGAUACUGUGGGAGAAAAUACUGUGCUGGUGAGAAAGUAAUUACUCAGAAGUGAAAGAACUGAAUGGUGGUCAGGUGGUAAUCAAGGAGUGGACAGAGCGAUGGCAGGUGGUAAGGAACAGGCGGAGGGGGACAUGCUCCUCACAGACACCAACAAUAACAACAACAACAGUGGUGGCGGCGACAGCGGCGGCGUGCGGGGAGAAAAAUAUGCCUUGCGACCUAGAACACUUAUCAAACGACUGCAGCAGGAGAAGGUGCGGCAGGACAUCCCUAAAAGAUCCUCCGUCAAAUCCAAAUCGAGGCCGGCACCACUCUCCAAGUACCGCCGGAAGACUGCCAACGCCCGGGAGCGGCUCAGGAUGCGGGAGAUCAACAACGCUUUCGAGUCACUACGGCGCGUGCUGCCAGAGGGUGCGGAAGUGCAGGCCAGCAGCACCUCGGCCAUCACCAAGAUCAUGACGCUGCGCCUGGCCGUGGAGUACAUCAAGGCUCUCUCCUUCGUGUUGGAGGAUGACGCUGACCAGCCCUUCGGUCCCCUGGGUGGCUCCUUGCACUCCUGUCUCCACCACUCCCUCCCGCUGUCCCUCCACCACCACCACAAGGCCCUCCAGCCCACCAGGGUUACCGCAGCCCCACAUAAUGCACACUCGCAUCCACCGCCACUGCCCCUCCACCACCACAGGCCGCCCUCGCAACUGGUGGCUCAUUACGGCAACUGUAACACCACCAUCUCCACCUCCUCAUCCCCGGCUACUGUUCGCACCUCCGUCAGCAGCACCAGCGACCUAGAGGAGCUCUUCUCCGACGACUCAGGGCUACUUGAGGAGAGCUUUGAUGUCUUUCACGACCUCCAGACCUUGGCAACGGCGGAUCCCUUCGACAUAUUGUUGGGGCCCGACAAGGACGCCGUCCUCGCCUUUCCUACGGAGCUGUGCAACUGAAGGUCUUGUGGCGCUGCCCUUCAUAGGCAGCUGUCUGAGGGAGGCGCCGACGGAGGGGUGUUUGACUGUUUAUGUGUCAUACACGCAGUGAAGACUCCGCGUUGUGUAUACUGUGUGUAUGUGUGUGUGUGUGUGUGUGUGUGUGUGUGUGUGUGUGUGUGUGUGUGAGAGAGAGAGAGAGAGAGAGAGAGAGAGAGAGAGAGAGAGAGAGAGAGAGAGAGAGCUUUUCACGUUCAUUAACUAGAGCGAUGCUAGUCUGGUGUGCCAUACCCACUAUAUCUCCCCCACCAUCCCCCAUCCCGCUAUACAAUACCCCCCAUAGACUCCCAUAGACCCCAUAAGCCCCCCUGAUUCCCAUAGCUCUCCACUCUGUGCUGUGUGGGGUUUGGUGGAGCCACUUCGCAAACACUGUACCGGCAAGGAGUUCCCAUCGACCUCUGUUAUUUAAAAAGAUAGACUAAGUAACAAGGAUCACGUGUCCGCACUCGGUGUAUUACAUUAAGAGAGUAACAUUUCUUUAUCACAUGUACAAAAUAAACCUUUAUAAUGA